AUGUCAGAUUCGGCGCACCACAGACUCGACCUGCGAGUUGGCGGAAAGUACAGGCUCGGCAAGAAGAUCGGUUCAGGAUCGUUCGGUGACAUUUAUCUCGGGAUCAACAUCAUCUCGGGAGAGGAGGUCGCUAUCAAGCUCGAAUCCGUGAAAGCCAAGCACCCUCAACUCGAAUAUGAGUCCAAGGUCUACAAGACCCUGGCAGGUGGCGUUGGUGUCCCCUUUGUGCGCUGGUUCGGCACCGAGGCCGAUUACAACGCCAUGGUCAUCGAUCUCCUCGGUCCAUCACUCGAAGACCUCUUCAACUUCUGCAAUCGCAAGUUCUCUCUCAAGACUGUUCUCCUUUUGGCAGACCAACUCAUUUCUCGCAUUGAGUACAUCCAUUCCCGCAACUUCAUCCACCGUGACAUCAAGCCGGACAACUUCCUCAUGGGCAUCGGCAAGCGCGGCAACCAGGUCAAUGUCAUCGACUUCGGUCUCGCCAAGAAGUACCGCGACCCGAAGACACACCUCCACAUUCCGUACAGGGAGAACAAGAACCUGACGGGCACAGCCCGCUACACGUCCAUCAACACCCACUUGGGCGUCGAGCAGGCCCGCCGCGAUGACCUCGAGUCGCUCGCUUACGUGCUCAUGUACUUCCUCCGCGGUGCUCUGCCGUGGCAGGGCCUGAAGGCGGCGACGAAGAAGCAGAAGUACGACCGCAUCAUGGAGAAGAAGAUGACGACGCCGACGGAUCUGCUCUGCCGCGGGUUCCCGCAUGAGUUUGGGAUCUUCCUGAACUACACGCGCGCCCUCCGCUUCGACGACAAGCCCGACUACAGCUACCUCCGCAAGCUGUUCCGCGACCUGUUCGUUCGCGAGGGCUAUCAGUACGACUACGUCUUCGAUUGGAGCGUGCAGCGCACUCAGGAGGACGGUUCGUCCGCCAAGGCAGGGCGUCGCAAGGUCGUCCAUGAGGACGAUGGCGCCGAAGCCCGCCCGUCGGACCGGCAGCUGCGCUCGCAUACCCGCCAGAUGCAGCAGGGUGCGCCGGCCCCUAGCGGUCAGCGCAGCCGUCGUGACGGCGAGCUGUGGUAA